AUGGACUCGAACUCUACUGAUGAUUCACAAGCAUGGUACCCUACGACAGCAGCCAUUCUGGCCAAUAUCACCUCAUUGUCUAUCCAGAAUAUUUUCGACCAGCUGUCUACUACGGGCAGUACAACCACGGUUCAACUUCAUCUGUUAGAUGGCGGAGUAAAGAACUAUACUGUCGAUUAUGCCCAGGCUGUGGUAAAUGGAUCGCAAGUCAUGGGUGAUGAUGAUGUGGGAUGGCCGGCUGUGAUCCGAUCAGCUAUCAUACAGCAUAAUACUCCCGGAGUCGAAACAUACAGAUUAGGUCAAGGUUUAGCUAAAGACUGUUUGAAAGUAUUGACUGGUGAGAUAUAUAGAGCGGACCAGGUAGAGACUAUUGAUUUGUGGAAUUUAUCGAACGAGUUUGUUCCCGAUAAACAACCUUUCAUCUUCCUUACGGUCGAACAGGGAGUGGGAAGGAGAGUAUACAGCUGGGACGAUAUCGUCAAAGAUCUAGAUAUCGUUCCUUGGCCUGUAGAUCUUACUCAAGAAGUGGACUGA